AUGUUUCAAUUCAUAUUUACAGCUGGUAUAUUUGUAUUGUUGGCAAGAGAUGUUUGCACAUCGUCCACUACUGAUCUGCUUACCUCUAGUGAAACAUUGCCCCAAUCAUCAUCCGUAUCUACCAGUGCUACAAAUACAGGAGGCGGAGGUACUUCACAAUCGACAGCGACAAGUGGCACGAGUAGCAGCACUCAGCCAUCUUCGAGCAGGGUAUCACAGUCUAGUAUUACUUCCAGCCAAACCAAGGCUUCGACAGUUGCUUCUAGUGCGUCUGCUGCGCCUGCUUCAACUGCUACGUCUGCUAAAACUGGUUCUACUGCCGUCUCAACUGCCUCUUCUACUGCCGCUUCAACCACACCAGCCUUUCGCUGUUAUGAAGGAAAUUGCACUGGUUUCGACUGUCACAAGAAUAUUAGCAUUUACUCGACACUUAAUGUAGUUACCUGUUCCCCAAAUCAGUGUGCUAUCAAAGUCACCAAAAAUGCCACUUGGUCGCUAUCCGAAUUUACCUGCAGCAGUGGGCAUUUAUCUCCCUUCUAUUAUCUCUCUCCCAUCUUACCUUUCUCUCUUAUAUCCUUACCAGUCGCUAUCUCCUUCAUAACUCACUCUCCUAUACACCUCUCUCUCUAUAUAUAUAUAUAUAUAUAUAUAUAUAUCCUCUCCUUACCUUUCUCCCUUCACUUUACCUCUCCUAAACGUUUACUCCAUCUCUCGUGUCUAUACCUCUUUUUCUGUCUCUCUUCUUACCCCCCCAUUCACCUCUUGUUACCUUUCUUCUACUUCCUACUGUCUCUCCUUUCCUUACUCUCUCUCUCUCUCUGCCGUUAUUCUCUUUUUGCCUAUCUCUCAUUCCUCACCUGGUUCCCCUAUUUAUAUCUCUUUCUCCUUUCUCUCAUCUCUUUACCCCUCUCUAUUUCUCUCUCAUUACAUCUAUCUCCUUACUUCUCUCUCUCCUUUUUUUACCUCUCUCUCAUAUUGGCAUACUUUAAAAUUCUUAUCAAUCUUGACUGUCAUUCUGGGGGUUUCUUUCUUUUCUCUCUCUCUCUCUCUCUCUCUCUCUCUCUGUGGGUCUCUCUUUCUCUCUCUGUGGGUCUCUCUCUCUCUCACACUCUCUCUCAGCACCACUCUCUCCUACUUGAGACUCAUUUGUCCCGUGAGAAUUGUUUUGUCUACGCUUCCAACUUGUUUCGAAGGUGUGACACGUAA